AUGACCGGCCCAAGUAGGCAGCCUGCGCAAAAUCAGUGUCUAAAGUCGACGUUGGAAAGUGUCUCUGCUGCAAAGUCGGCUGGGUCGAAAUCGAAGGCUGCUCGUCAGUACCUCGUACGCUCCACUGGGAGGUACCCACUGACGCUGCCAAUAGGCGCUGCGGCGGACAGAAAGAGGAAGACUAGGAAAGCGGCGGCAGGUACGGCCACGAAAAAGGUCGAAGCCAAAUCAGGCGGGGCGAAAGAGGAAAAAACGGCGCAGAAACUGGAACAAGUGAUCAACUGGCCAGACUCUUUUGCUGUUUGA